AUGGAUUCCUGGGAUCCCAAGGAGCGGGUCAACUUCAAGCCGGACAAGUGGCAGAGGGACCUCCUUGACAUCGUGGACAGCAACGAGUCAGCUCUGGUUGUUGCGCCCACUGCCAGCGGCAAAACCUUCAUUGGCUACUACGUCAUGGAUCAGGUCCUCAGAGAGGAUCACGAGGGUGUUGCUGUCUACGUGGCUCCCUCGAAGGCUCUUGUGAAUCAGGUGAGCGCGGAAAUCUAUGCACGCUUCGGCAGUAAGAUUUAUCCGGCUCACUCCAAGUCAGAGCUGUUGGGUGUCUUUCUCAAGGAGUACAACUCAGCUGGAGGCGUCAUGGAGGCUGGCAAGUGGAAAAACUGCCAGGUGCUCGUCACAAUUCCUCAUAUCCUGGAGAUGCUCUUGCUCUCGGCAGAGAACCAGGACUGGGUGGCUCGACUGCGGUACGUUGUCUUCGACGAGGUGCACUGCAUCGGGGAGCAAGAAGGAGGCGUUCAGUGGGAGCACUGCAUGCAGUUGAUUCCGUGCCCCUUCAUCGCCCUCAGCGCGACGGUGUCAGACCCGAGCUUCUUCCACAACUGGCUGAGCCGAGUCAAUGAGUUGAAGAAGAUCUCCAAGGUGAACAUCGUGGAGCACCGCGAGCGCUGGAAUGAUCUCUACAAGUACGUGUGGCACAAGGGGGAGCUUAGGCCGCUACACCCCUUCUGCUGCCUCGUGGAGAGCUCCCUGCGCCGAAAUGGUAUGUCCUCGGACAUGAGCCUCGUGCCAAGGGAAAUGGUGCAGCUGUACCAGGAGGUUCGGGCCAUCAUCGGCAAGAACGAUAAAUGGGACAGGUUGUCUCCUGGGGUGUAUUUCGCAGGGCAGUCGUUUGUCACGAAAAUCGAUGCAAGAGAGUAUGAGAAAGAACUGAAGGAGACUUUCUUGCAGCUUCUUCACGCCGACGUCCUGGGAGAUGAGGGCUUCUCGAAGCUGACCAUGGCCCUCCAGCAGCCACCGUCGCUUCAGAGCUUCAAGCCUCCUCCGCGCACGGAGGGCGAGAACGAGGCUGACCUCACCAAGCUGGUCAAGGAGACCUCGUACCUGCAGGCUGCGACCUUGUUCAAGCUUUGCAAAGACCUUGAUCAAAAAGACAUCAUGCCGGCCAUCAUCUUCAAUUUCUCCAGGAAAGAGAUCGAGCGAAUGCUCAAGAAGCUCGUGGAGGAGUUGGAAAGGCUCCAAUACAACAAGUAUUGGGGGGAUGAGGAGUCCAAGAUUCGAACCAGAAAAAUCAACGACAAGCGCAGAGCAGACUACGAGGAGAAGAAGAAAGCCUACGACCAGGCUCAGAAGAUGCGAGCCAGUGCCAAGCAGGAAGGAGCGGCCGCUCGAAAGUCUGGAGAGAUAGAAGGUCGUGGAGGAAACAAGGCCGAAGCCGUGGACAUCUCAGAGGAUCUCAUGCUGCAAGAGCCCAAAGAGCCGAAGGAUAUCUCCGAAGAGAUUGAUCCAGAGUUUACCUUUCACUCGGCGAGAGCCCUUGGCGUUUGGCAGGAGGAUAUCGAUGAAGUCUUGGAGGAGGCCAAGAAGAAGGGCCGCGCUGAGAAUUGGAUGAUCGAGGGUCUCAGGAGAGGAAUCGGCAUGCACCACGAGGGCCUGAAGAAGCCCUACCGGGAUGCCGUCGAAGUUCUUUUCCGCCGCGGGUACCUGCGGGUGGUCUUUGCCACUGGCACUUUGGCAUUGGGCAUCAACAUGCCGUGUCGGUCGACCAUCUUCUGCGGAGACUCACUGGAAAGCUUAGAAACACCCUCUCCGAAGGAAGGAGAAGUAUUGGUGAAGGUUCGUGCUUGUGGGGUCUGCCACACCGAUCUUCAUUGUAUCAAGGGUGAGGUUCCCUUUCCUGCUCCAGCUGUCUUUGGGCAUGAGAUCAGCGGAACGAUACUCGGACAUGGUUCCGGUGUUGACAAGAGCCGGUUGCCACUUGGAGGUAAAGUGGCUUGCACCUUCAUAAUGCCUUGUGGCUCCUGCUUCCACUGCCAGCGAGGGGAGGAGGACACCUGUGCGCCCUUCUUUGCCUUGAACAGGCUGAAGGGCCAGCUCUAUGAUGGCAGCACCCGUUUGUAUCAAGAAGGCCAUCCUGUGGCCAUGUAUUCUUUUGCAGGCUUGGCUGAGUAUGCCGUGGUACCACAGACUGCAGCCUUCUUGCUGCCACCUGUCUUGGCAGAGAAAGCCUUUUCGGAGUCGGCGUUGCUCGGCUGUGCAUUCUUUACCGCGCUGGGGGCCAUCCGCAAUGCCGCGGACCUGCGCAGCGGCCAGUCCACGGUCAUCGUGGGUGCCGGUGGAGUUGGCCAGGGCAUCGUGCAGCUGGCAAAGCACUUGGGAGCCUCUCCGGUCAUUGCGGUUGACAUAAGCGAUGAAGCGCUGAGCUUGGCGAGAAACCUGGGCGCGGAUCAUUGCAUCAACGCGCGGAAGGAGGAUGUCAUUGAGCGAAUUGCUGAGCUCACGGAUGGACACAGAGCCGACGUGUGCAUUGAAGUAAUUGGAUCCAAAGCGACCUUCGAGCAGGCCAUCAUGGCGGUGCGCGAUGGUGGCCGCGCUUGCUAUGUGGGCAUCGCGUCCCCACGAGUGCGAGCCGAAGUUCCAAUCACGCAUGUCGUGCGACGCCGGAUCAGCUUGGUCGGCUCAUAUGGUGCACGCGCCUCCAAAGACAUGCCGGAACUCUUAGACAUUGCUGCGCAGGGCGGCGUGGACUUGAAAUCUGCGGUGACUCGUCGCUUCUCCUUGGAUGAGGCAUCCGAGGCAUAUGGCCUGCUGAAUGAGGGCAAGAUUGCUGGACAUCCAGAAAUGUCCUUGAAGGAGCUCACCGGCCUGAUGUUCAGGCAGAUGAGCGGCCGUGCCGGGAGGCGAGGCUUCGACCUGCUUGGCCAGGUGAUCUUCCUGGACAAGCCGUUUACAAAGAUCCAGCGACUCAUCACCUCGGAUCUGUCGAGCUUGGCUGGUGAGUUCACGCUCUCGCCAACCAUUCUGUUGAGGGCGCUGCACGAGUAUGAGAGGAUGCUGGAGCUGAAGGAGGAAGGCUCUUUGGGCAGAAGUCUUGAAGACAUCACGCAGUGCCUGGCACCUGUGUUUGAGAUGCCCUUCUUCCAGAGCAAGACAGCAGAGCUGAAGACCCAAGUGGCCUUCCACACGCGAUUCACCCUCGAGCUUCUGUACAGAGAAGGGCACAUCGCAAGGGACGGCACGACGAGGAAUUUGGCAAAUCUCUGCACGCACCUCUUCGAGGCCGAGCCGGCCAACCUGGUCCUCUGCAGGCUUCUGUGCAGCGGAGUCCUGCACGAGUACCUGACUGAGGAGGCUCCGAAAAUGAUGAAGGGUGACCGGCGGACACAUCUGUCUGUGAAGCUGGUAUCUGUGUUGGGCUGGAUCUUCUUUCGACGAAGGCUGCCGACAACCAUUCCGAAGGAGCGGCUUCCGCGAAAGAAGCAUUUGCCCUCGGAGGGAUGUCCGCGGCUGCCUCCAUUGCCAUCGAGGAUAAAGAAGGAGAUUCAGAGAUACAACAGCCAGCUCUUUGAGGUCUUCCAGGAGUUCGCCUGGACAGUGGCCAUGACCAGGAAGCACGGUGAGAUCGACUUGACACUUCCAGCAAGUGGCAGGUCUUUCCCCGUGGGCCUGGAUGAGCGGGGGGAACCCUUUGACAAGAAGAGCGGCCUGGGAAAUGCCCUUUUCAAGCAGGUCGUGAAGUACAAAGCGCGUUCACCCUUCUCAGCCCUGUCCGGUGCCGGUGACUUCUUCCUGACACCCUCGGACUUGUCCAAGAAUUGCAGGAAUGUCCUGCACUUGGAUUUGAAUGCCAUCCCGACGGUGGCCUGCCCGCCCACCGGUGCGGACGCCAAUCGGGAGCUUGAGGCUACGAAUAGCUGGAUCCUGGACUACAUGAUCCACGGGCAGCGGAAGUAUCUUUGGGAGGACAACGGCAUCAAUGCCACACGUGCAUGGAAGCUGAUUGACGAGUUCGUGCAAACUCUCAAGAAGGCGGUGAAAGCACUGAAGGCUUUUGCCCCUGCGGAUGACAUCGUGCUGACCACCUUGUCGCAACUUGCAAAGGAAAUGGAAGCCUUCCACAAGAAGGCAUAG